UUACAUUAUUUGAUUUUGGAGUUAGCAUUAGCACUCUCAUUAGGGCUUGAUUGAUAAAGAUGGUUUUGCUCACAUUCUUAAUACACGUACCUCUCACCAUCACAACUUGAUGAGUUAUAACACUUCACACACACACCAAUACCAUCUCUUAAUUAUUAAAUAAAUGCAAAAAUACUAAAAGAAAAAUUCUUAGGUUUUAUAUUUUGUAAUUUUUGUGAGUGGAUAUAUAAAUAUUUGAGUGUAAGAAGAUUUGUGAGGUUGAAGAGAAGAAAGAUGGGAAGAGGAAGAGUAGAGUUGAAGAGAAUUGAGAACAAGAUCAACAGACAAGUUACCUUUGCAAAACGAAGAAAUGGUCUUUUGAAAAAAGCUUAUGAACUUUCUGUUCUUUGUGAUGCAGAGGUUGCUCUCAUCGUCUUCUCCAAUAGAGGAAAACUCUAUGAGUUUUGCAGCACUUCAAGCAUGCUCAAAACGCUUGAGAGGUAUCAGAAAUGCAACUAUGGAGCACCUGAGGCUAAUGCUCACUCAAAGGAAGCUUUGGAAUUAAGCAGCCAACAGGAAUACUUGAAGCUGAAGGCACGUUAUGAAUCUCUACAACGCACUCAGAGGAACCUUAUGGGAGAAGAUCUUGGCCCUCUAAGCAGCAAAGAUCUUGAAACACUUGAAAGGCAGCUAGAUUCUUCAUUGAAGCAAAUCAGAUCCACAAGGACCCAAUUCAUGCUGGAUCAGCUAGGUGAUCUUCAACGUAAGGAACACUUGCUAUGUGAGGCAAACAGAGCUCUUAGACAAAGGAUGGAAGGGUAUCAAAUAAAUUCACUCCAACUGAAUCUGAGUGCUGAAGAUAUGGGAUAUGGACGCCAUCAUCCAGGUCAAAACCAGGGUGAUCAUGAUGUAUUUCAACCUAUUGAGUGUGAACCAACGUUACAAAUUGGAUAUCAGGCUGAUCCAGGAUCAGUGGUGGUGACAGCAGGGCCAAGCAUGAAUAACUACAUGGGUGGAUGGUUACCAUGAUGAUGAUGAUGAUGAUAAUUAAAGCUAUAUAAAGAGAGAGUGUGAAGCAUGCAUGCAUAAAGAUCAAUCUCACUAUUCCAACUUUCAAUUUUAUCUCAAAGCAAAAGGGAAAUAAUUUGUAAUACUAUCAUGUAAUGUAAUUGACUUAACUAGCUAUAUCAAUGUCUACGUACCAUGUAGGCAGAAUAAUAUAGUAAGCAGUGUUUUGUUCUUUGUAAGUUUUCAUAAAAUGUUCCCCUUAAUUGCUUCCAUCA